AGUCGUCCUCGUGCUCCGGCUGCCAAACUGCAAGAACAGGACAGGGAGCGGUGUAAGUGGCAAAUCAACCCUCCCCCGUCCGAGGCGCCGCGGUUCCUCUCCUCACCGUCGCCGGUCCUCUUUCCCGACGGUGAUACCGUGAUAUUGAUGUGAAGUAUUGUGGCAAUUCCUGUAUCCUUUAUAUGGUAUUAGUAAGAAGUGUAAGCGUCCGGGUUAUCCUUCUGAGCAAAUGGAAGGCAACAACCUACCCCCUGGAAACACGAUGCAAGGAGCUCCCUAUGGCAGUUUAGACAUACAAGGCAACUCCAAUGAAAUGCAUGCUCCAAACUCAGGGGAACAGGUCUUCAGCAACUCUCAGAUGCCAGGGAAUUUCACGCUGUCUAUGAACAGGGUUCCAGAGCCUGAUGACUUCCCCGGGUUUCAGUUCAAAGAACAUGGAAACACUGAUCACCACCACCACCACAGUCAUCACUCAAAGAACUGCAUGAGUGAUGAUGAGGAACAUGAUAUGAUUGAGGAUGCUACUGAUACCCUGAGUGGCAAAGGUAAGAGGGGCUCUGCGUGGCAUCGGAUGAAGUGGACAGAUUCAAUGGUAAAGCUUUUGAUUACAGCAGUGUCUUAUACUGGGGAGGAUCCUGGAGAUGAUUUAGGUGGUGGCAGGAGGAGCUAUACAAUAAUGCAGAAGAAGGGCAAAUGGAAGGCGAUAUCAAAAGUCAUGGGUGAGAGAGGUUGCAUUGUGUCACCACAGCAGUGUGAGGAUAAGUUCAAUGACCUCAAUAAGAGAUACAAAAGGCUCACACAUAUCCUUGGUCGGGGUACUGCUUGCAAUGUUGUGGCAAAUCCAACACUUCUUGAUAGCAUGAAUCAUCUUUCCGUUAAGAUGAAAGAUGACGCGAAAAAGAUAUUGAACUCAAAGCACUUGUUCUAUGAGGAGAUGUGUUCCUACCAUAACAACAACCGUGUGAAUUUGCCUGAAGAUCCUGCACUUCAGCAUUCACUACAGCUUGCUCUUAGAUGUAAAGAGGAGCAUGAUCCCCGGAGGGAUGCAGGUGGAGACGCUGAUGAAGAUGAUCAAAGUGCGGAUUCUGAUUAUGAGGAGAAUGAUGAAGAGCAUCAUUUCUUGCAUACAAACAUGAAGGAGUCCUUCAUGCACAAAAGGAUGCGUCAUGGUGAUCUUGGUUUUGUCACCUCAAGCUCUCAUGAAGAUAGUGGGAGGUCUGAUCCCCAUGGCAUCACAGUGGACAUCAACAAGGUUUUCCCGGAUGGAACCAACUUGGCUUUGUUGCAGAAGGACUUGGCUUCACAAGCAGUAGAGAUUCAAAAACAUCGCUUGCAGAUUGAAGCAAACAAACUGGAACUUACAAAGCAACAUUUCAAGUGGGUGCGAUUCAGGAAGAAGAAGGACAGGGAGAUGGAAAGAAUGACAUUGGAGAAUGAACAUAUGAUGAUUGAGAAUAAACGCUUGGAGCUUGAGCUGAGACAUAAGGAGAUAGAAAUAGAGCUUAAGCUAAAAGACGAGGGGAAUCGUGCAUGACUUUUCUUUCAUCAACACUUCGAUUCGUGAGAUGGUAAACAGGUAAGCUACCUGAUCCCUGAGAUAAUUAUGCUUAAGUAGGAUUCGCAUAUAAGAGAAGCAUUGGUUUGACCAUUAACUUGCGAGUGGCUUCAUUUAGUGUGCUAAUUGCAGUCAUAUGCAUGCUCUGUUCAAGGGAUAUAUGAUCAUGGAAUAACAGAGUAUUUUGUUUACAUAUAAAAGGGGAAGAACUGUACCACCAAUCAUGAUGCUAACCUGAUUCCACAAUGCUUGUGCACGUUUUACCUGCUGGGAUGAUCAGCCAUCCUUGCCACUUUUGGCAACUUCCAUUUUGAUAUCAUUUAACUUACAUUGGAAACAUUUUUAUGUAAUCCUGUGACGCUAUAGUACUUAUAGACGUGAGAUAUAUUGAGUCAUCCUAUGUGAUGUCACGCUUGGCAAUUACGUAGCUGGGUUUUCCUUUUUUUUGUUGGUUGUUUUCCUUGAUGUACAUAUUGUUGUCCAACUUGUAUUUGGAAUGAAAGUGCGGCUUGUCGGGGGAUGAUUCCUGACAAUGAAUUCGGGGUAUAACGGACGACAGUCGUGUUGAUCUACAUUUCUUAUGGUGUGAUCGAAUGGACACAAGAACACGAGAUUUUU